AUGGUUGCGAAUCAUGUUGUCCUGUGUGUUAGUCCUGUACGCGAAUACUCGAUUCGAAGAGAUCUAAUAGUCGGUGUCAAAGCGCCAGAAUUUUCGGUGUACGAUAAAAGUGGCAAAGAUCUUCAAUAUCGAAUGGAAUCUAGAAUCACAGGAUUACAUAAAAUAGAUCUCAUUGCUUAUCCGUCAAAGCAAACCGUGGCUCGACUGAACAACAAAAUAACAUGGUUCCUGUACGAGGCAACAUUCGAAAUACUUGACCCUGCAACGCAACAGUGGACCACCGGUACAAUCAGUCAAAAUCUCCGAAUUUUGAAUCACAGAUCUGUUAUUCAAUGGAAUGGAAGACGUCUUUUAAUGGAACACAACGUUGCCUCGUUGACGACUCGUUUUCUUGAUGAUCAACAAGGAGGUCAACUUGUAGCCGAAUAUCAAGUAUCUCUUCCUUCUCUUGUUUGGGCAACUAAGUAUUCGCUGCAAAUUUUUACUGAUGAUCUGCCUGAUGCUAUAUUUCUAUUUGGUUUGGCAGCUCGAGAUUAUAUUACCACACAGCGAAAACAUACAUAA